CGUAUCGUCAGCUGGAAGUGGGGAAGGAAAAACAAUACUUAAGCAUUGUGUGUACUGGCAUAAAGAACUUGCUGAUGCGGGCUUCCAAUUAACAACGACGGCUGCAUCAUGUACCGCUGGUGAUUGCGUGAUUUCCGACACGUUUAUUUUGUGCAAAAGAAAAUUGAAACAUUCCUGCAGAAUGUAGUGUUCGCUUGCGCACUGAUUGCGGGCAACAAUCCUUCGUGGCAAAGUGUUCAAACGAAAGGCAAGAGAUCUAUCAACGAGACGCAUUUGUGGCACUUCCGGCACUGCUGUGCAGGAAAAUCAAUCGCCCACGUAGCCAACAAACGCCAAAAAGCAAUACAGAGGCACACAUACACGCAUCACACUAGUUCAAGCAUCGAGGCGACCACUAGGGAAGAGAACAGCUCUCUUUCUGAUUACGUACACAAUUGAAUGCAAAGGACCCGCAUACCGUCCACGGGGCGACAGCAAAGGAUGAGCUCAACCUACCCGAUGGCGCCGAUUGGCGUUCGCGUGAUAAGCUACCUGUCGGCCAAACUAUGUCCCCGCUUCCAGGUCAACCGUGUCCUGUGGUUCAAAUGUUCCGUCCUUGGAUUGACCUAUCUCGCUUACACCUGUUACCACAUGACGCGGAAACCGAUCUCGGUCGUGAAAUCGGUACUGCACCGGAACUGUUCAUCCGUUACGCUUCCGCCGGAAUUUGUCACGCCGGCUGGUGGAAGCGACCCGACCGCACCGUCCCCGCUUCCCACCGAUGGGACCUGGUGUGAUUAUGCCCCGUUCGAUCAGCCGGACUUUAAUUCGCUGCUCGGCGCGCUGGACUCGGCGUUCCUUUUCAGCUACGCGAUUGCAAUGUUCUUUGCCGGAUUUAUCGCCGAGCGUGUGUCGUUGCGCUACUUCCUGGCCCUCGGGAUGGCAUUUUCCGGAGUGUUUUGCUAUCUGUUCGGAAUGGCAAAGGUGUACGACAUACAUGCGCUGUGGUACUUCAUUGCCGUCCAGGCACUGGCAGGCAUGUUCCAAACGACCGGCUGGCCCGGUGUCGUCACGAUCGUGGGCCGAUGGUUUGGCAAAUCGAAACGUGGGCUUAUCUUUGGCAUCUGGAACAGUCACACCUCGAUCGGGAAUGUGCUCGGUACGCUGAUAGCGGCACACUACGUCGAACGGGACUGGUCGAUGUCGUUCGUGGUGCCCGGAUUUCUGAUGGGGUUGUGCGGAUUCAUCAUGUUUCUGUUUCUGGUCGAGCGGCCAGAAAUUGUCGACUGUCAGGAGAAGGUGGCCGAUUAUGCGCACCAGCAGCGUGGGCCGGCUGCUGGUUCGAGUCAGCGACCGAGGAUGGACGACUCCGUGAGUGAAGAAGAUUACACCGUAAAUACAGAGCAGGAUAAUGCUUCAACGAGAAGCUUACGUGGCAGUUAUUAUUCUGAGAUAAACGAACGCACACCGAUCAUUGGAAGCAUCAAUCGGGCGCCACCCCAUCAGGACGCGAUCGGAUUCUUCGGUGCGCUGCGCAUUCCAGGCGUGGUCGAGUUUUCGCUCAGCCUGUUCUUUUCCAAGCUCGUCAGCUACACAUUCCUUUUCUGGCUACCAUUUUACAUACAACAUUCUACUUCCAUGGGUGCAAAGCUGUCCGCGGAUGUAUCGACCGUGUUCGAUAUUGGCGGUAUUGUCGGUGCGAUCGCAGCCGGUAUGCUGUCAGACGCUAGCGCCAUGCCUGCCACAACGUGCACCGGAAUGCUUGCGAUCGCUGCACCGCUGCUACUUAUCUAUCGAUACUGGGGCAGUGUAUCGCUUUCGGUCAACAUUCUGCUGCUGUUCAUCGUGGGCGUUACGGUGAAUGGGCCGUACGCACUGAUUACCACCUCCGUCAGUGCCGAGCUGGGACAGCACAGUUCGUUGAAUGGCAAUUCGAAAGCGCUCGCCACGGUAACGGCCAUUAUCGAUGGGACGGGAUCGAUCGGGGCCGCGAUCGGGCCGUUGCUUGCGGGCAUGCUAUCCGGAUGGAGCAACGUCUUCUACAUGCUGGUGAUAUCGAAUGUGUUGGCGCUCGUGAUGCUGCUGCGCAUCAGCACCAAGGAAUGCUCGCGGCGCAACAUUAACCGACGAUACAACGUUCGUAUCGAGUGAUAGGCGCAGGAGAGCGAAAGGAAACGCGCACAAAACUACACGAAUUGCGUGUAUGUACAGUUUUUACGUCAGCUCUCGAUAGAAGAUCUGAUGGACAGAUUCGGGGCAGUAUCUGUUUUAUCAUGAUUCCUUUUGUUUUAAAAGGCAAGUAAGGCUUAUUACGUAUAUUCGGAAAUAAAGGCUCUUUACCGGUGGUCUCAUCUUAC